CUAUCCUCCGACGAGCAUUUUGAGGGUUCUAGGUUGGAAAGGUCUCCCGCAUCUAGUUUCCUGUGAAAUGUGUAGGCUACACUGUAGAAAAGUCUGAAAACGCUAGCUAGAGCCACGCGCAGAAAGGAGGGGCUAUCAAGGGCGGAAAGGAGGCAGCCCGGAAAGCCAAGGUCACCAGCAAAUUGAUCGAGCCAAUCGGCCAGCACCAGACAUCACUGCCUUUGCUUAAAAGUGAUAAAUUGAGCUUCUCGGGAGCUGACGUUACUGACUCAGAGACUUUGGCGUGCUACUUGACAGUGCGUCUUCUGUAGUUAUUGAUUCGAGCGAGGAUUUGAUUCAGGACAAUCUUGAGAAAUCAAGGAUCUGAGGGGAAAUCCUCCCCCAACAAUUGAGCAGGCCACACAUUGCUUCACUCAAUUAUCUAGGCAGCAAUGUCAGGUGGAGGAGCGAGGCUGGUCGUGGUGCCAACGGUGACUGUUCUGGCAGUCAUCAAGGCUCGUCUUAUAGGUGCCACAAAAGGUCAUCAGCUUCUGAAAAAGAAGAGCGAUGCGCUCACUAUGCAAUUCAGGCAGAUCCUGAAGAGAAUUGUGGAGACAAAGGAGAUGAUGGGAGAGACAAUGAAGCAAGCGGCGUUUGCACUCACGGAAGCCAAGUAUGCAGCGGGGGAUAACAUCAAGCAUACAGUCUUUGAGAAUGUGUCAUCAGCCACCAUAAAGGUUAGGUCGAAGCAGGAUAAUGUGGCCGGGGUCAAGCUCCCAAAGUUCCAGCAUUACACGGAAGCGGGUGAAACGAAGAAUGCUUUGACUGGACUCGCAAGGGGAGGGCAGCAAAUACAGCUUUGCAAAUCUGCUUACGUAAAGGCUGUGGAAUUGCUCGUAGAGCUGGCCUCCUUGCAAACAUCGUUCCUCACGCUUGACGAGGCCAUCAAGACCACGAACCGGCGUGUAAAUGCACUGGAGAAUGUUGUGAAGCCGAAACUGGAGAACACUAUCUCAUACAUCAAGGGUGAGCUGGACGAGCUGGAGAGAGAGGAGUUCUUCCGUCUCAAGAAGGUGCAAGCGAACAAGAAGAAGGUCGCUGACAGGGAGCUCAAGGAAAAGCUUGAUGCUGCUGGGCGGGUCGCUGACAAACUGGCAGCCCGUGCUGAGGAAGUCGUAAGUAUGUUGACAGCAAAUGGCAAGGACGAGGACGUCAUUUUCUGAUUGUUUUACCUCCCGGUCGUCAUGUACAUAGCCGAUUUAGAACCUUGUGUUCAAGCACGCCCAUGAGGUGUAUAGCUUACAGGUAUAAUCAGCAAUGAUCAGGUUUCUCAACUUUUUUAGUUCCGCCAUAAGCUAGGCUCAGAAAAAGAUUCAGAUUUCCGUCAUAAGCCGUACAGAAGAAUGGAGUGAACUGGUGAACAAAGGCGGCAAUAUGCAUUGCAGCUAUUGUCCGGUUCUCAAAGUUGCAAGCUGAACGGAUCGAAUGCAAGAAGCUCUUGGCACGCCC